CAAUCACUGCCUUUUUAUUUCCCCAAGAGUGAUUAUCAAAAUCUCUAAUCCUUUUAUCUAUGGAAUAUUUUCUCUUGUGACAACAUCUCAAUAUUAUCCUCCAAUGAGAGGAACGCUCUACACAGAGGGGACAGGAGGCCGAAAAGUGACAAAAGCACAGGAAAGUCCACAAGCUGCAAUUCCCUGCACAGUGAGUCGCUCUGGGGUGCUUCAAAGACCAGUCUGUCAAGGUUUCAAGGAUGGAACCAAUCAGUCAUGUUCCGCUGAGAAUUCUGGCUUUAUUUCUUUUGGUGCUGUUUUUCUUUCUCGGUUAUCUAGCUAGGUUCAGUCCAACCCUGAGCAUCCAAGAACCUCUAGAAAUCCCAAGAACGAUCCCCGGUUGUGUGUGAUUGCUAGGCGGUAAUUCUGGACAACACCAAUGUGGACGUAGAGCUUAAGCUCCGCCCCCGUGGGCUCGGGCGCUUCGGGGUUCGGGUCUUUUAAGAUCCGCCCCCUCAACUUUCCGAAAGGGCGGGGCCUCGCGCACAGCUGUCACCUGGAAGAGGCGACCCGACUGGCUUUCACGUGUGUUCUGCAGUUCAAUAACAGCCCUCCUUCCGGAACUUCCUGGGGUAGCGACCAAUCAGAGAGUCUUUCCUGUCCGGACCAUUAUCAUCCGGCUGCCAAUCGGCGCGCCUCCGCCAACGCCCCUUAAAGGCGCCGCUGCUGCUCCGGAGCCUGGCGGAAGACUCGCGGUUCCGGCCCCCACCCGCAGUAUGGAGGCCGCCCGGGGGCGGCUCGGGUCGGAGCCGGAUCUAUCGGUCGGAGCUGAGCACCAGGCCGCGACUUUCGGCGGCAGGCCGUCCGGAACGCCCUCGAAGCCGCUCUCAGUCCGGACGCUAUCCAGGGAGGAAGAGGCUGAGAGCGUUGGGGUCGCGAGCCGUCACCCCCGAGCGUCCCCGAAGACUUCGAGCGGCAGCAUCGUCCAUCGGCCGGAGCUGGACACUUGGGAGGACAAGCCGAGCUCCCGGGCGACGCCGUCAGGGACCGGGGGACGCCGGGGGGCGCCAGGUUCCGAGCACGCCCCGCCCCCGUCCUCCUGGUACCCGGAGCCCGAGCCCAGCGAGCAUCAGCCCUCUGCUCUGAGAGUCUGCCGUCGAGGGAGCCCGAGAGGCGUCGAGAUGAAUAUGGAGCUGCCUCAGCAAGAGGGUGAAGACGACGAUGACGACGACGACGAGGCAGCGGCGGGUAGGGCUGGCCGCUCGUUCCCCAGCCGCCUUCAGGACAGCCGCAGCCUGGACGGGCUGAGUGGGGCGUGCGGCGGAGGGGGAUCUUCAUCCAGUGGCGAGGCCGGCGCGGGCGGAGGACGUCGCGCCACCAUCUCCAGCCCCCUAGAGCUCGAGGGCACGGUGAGCCGCCACGGCGAUCUUACUCACUUUGUCGCCAACAACCUGCAACUCAAGAUCCGACUGAGUGGCGCCCCACCAUCCCUUCCCCCUGCCUCUGUGCGGCCCUGCCUAACGCCCGCACCCACCCCCACUAUCCCUCCCAUCGACCCGGACGUGCUGAGGGAUCUGGAGCGACUGAGUCGCGAGCUGGGCGGCAGGGUGGACCGUCUGCUUCGCGGGCUGGGUGGUGCGGUGCAGGAGCUGACAGCGUUGAGCGUGGGCUGUAUCCAGACCUACCGCGACGCGGUAGACUCCUUAGGUGAAGCCGUGGACAUGAGCAUCAAGGGCAUGUACACCUUGCUUGCGCGCUGCGAGGAGCUGGAACGGGCUUUGCAACCGGUUCAGGGGCUGGCACGCCAAGUCCGAGAUAUCCGACGCACUCUGGAGGUGUUGGAGGCCCUAUGCAAGUGAUCAGGAGCAUAGAGGAGAGGCCAUACCUAACCUGGCCAGACCAGGGUCCAGUAGGACCCUCAGGAUUCUUCAAAGAGCCCUGGCGGACACUGCCUGCUGCGGGGAGGCCUGUGCGUUAGAGGUUCUUCCACGAGCAUUUAGGGGGCCUGUGCCCAUUCUAAGCCUAAGAAGUGCAAAUGGGGAAGUUGUGAGCAUUUUCCUGGCGGGAAGGGAUGUAGCUCUGCUUUUGUUCAGUUGCUCAUCUGUAGCUACCCUGCUCUUCCUGACUCUUCUCCCUAAGCUAGAACACCGUCCAUGGGAAGAAUACAGGUCCUUAGAUCUCUGCUGGAGGGUGGGGCAGGCCCGAAUGUGUGACCAGAAGAGAACGGAAGAGUCCCCAGCCCCGCUGCGGCUAUCCGGAGUCCAGUGGCCACACCUCAAGUGCCAAGGGUUUUAGGAACUUGAGCGGUUCUUGUCCACACAGCCGGGACGGCGAGGGUGCACAUCUGCAUAACCUGCUUCUUCCCUCUGGUCCCCUAAAAUGUCACGGGGUGGAGCUAACGGGAGCACAUUUCCUGAAGGAGGGAGAGAGGUGGGGGAGGGAGUGCCUCGCUGCUCUCAGGGUUCAAGUAGAAUUGUUACUGGUUUUGAAGCCCACCUGUUGUGGAGAAUUCUAAUUAAUUUUGGCUUUCUGAGUUUUUGUGGAAUUAAAGUGCUGCUGCUGCUAA